UAUCGUCUAACUACAACAGGACUGGCUUCUGUUGUUCACCUGCAACUGUCCUCUUUAUUCAAAAAGACUCAACAGGGAAGUUACAAUCGACAGUGGCUUGAUGAACUUUGAUGAAUUUGGAAUAACAAACAUGAACAUGGAGGAGAUGGACUGCUCAGCCGAGGAGUAUUUUGUUCAGAGGAAGGUUUUGGAUGAGUUAAGUCUGAGUGAAGUUGCACAAAAAGAGACGAAGUCCACCAAACCAACUGUGGGUGAACAGAUGAAAGGCGCUUUGAGGUGUUCAGUUCCCGGGCUGAAGCACUUUGUGCUGACCUGGAUUCCUGUUCUCAGCUGGCUGCCUCGCUACUCCUUCAGAGAAAAUGCAUUGGGAGACCUAAUCUCUGGCUGCAGCGUGGGCAUCAUGCAUCUGCCGCAGGGCAUGGCAUAUGCUCUUUUGGCUUCCUUACGCCCAGUAUUUGGGCUGUAUACCUCCCUGUACCCAGUGCUGGUCUACUUCAUCUUUGGUACCUCCAAACACAUCUCUAUAGGUACAUUUGCUGUGAUCAGCAUCAUGAUUGGUAGUGUGACAGAGAGACUGGCACCAGACGGUAACUUUAUAGGGAAUGGCACUAAUGGAACAGACAUCGAUGCUCGGGACGCAUACAGAGUACAGAUAGCAUGUGCUCUCACAGUCUUAGCAGGAAUCUUCCAGAUAUUGUUGGGUGUGGUGAGGUUUGGUUUUGUGGUCACCUACCUGUCUGAGCCUCUGGUACGAGGCUAUACCACAGGAUCUGCAUGUCAUGUAUGCAUCUCUCAGCUCAAGUACCUGUUUGGAGUUCAGCCAGCCCGCUUCGCUGGUCCUCUCUCUCUAAUUUAUACUCUGGUGGAUCUUUGCCGGCUGCUCCCUGGAACUAGAGUGCCAGAGCUGGUGGUCAGCCUUGUUGCACUUGCUGUUCUCAUUGUGGUUAAAGAAGUCAAUGCCUGCUACAGACAGAAGCUGCCUCUGCCUAUCCCAAUAGAGCUCAUAGUGAUUAUAAUAGCAACAGUCAUCACCCACUUCUGUGAUCUUCCAGAUCAAUACAACAUUGAUGUUGUUGGAGAGAUUCCCAGUGGCCUCAAGGCUCCUCGUGCUCCAGAUGUCACACUGUUCUCACAGGUGAUAGGAGAUGCUUUUGCAGUGGCCAUAGUGGGCUACGCCAUCAACAUUUCUCUGGGCAAAACAUUUGCACUUAAACACGGCUACAAGGUGGAUAGCAACCAGGAACUGGUUGCUUUGGGUCUCAGUAACACAGUUGGUGGCUUUUUUCAGUGUUACUCUGUGACUUCUUCCUUGUCCCGCAGCCUUGUUCAGGAGAGCACAGGAGGAAAAACCCAAGUUGCUGGAUUAAUUUCAUCCAUCAUUGUGUUAAUCACAAUUCUGAAACUAGGUUCUCUCUUUGAGGAUCUUCCCAAGGCUGUCUUAUCCACAAUAGUAUUUGUGAAUUUAAAAGGAAUGUUCAAACAGUUCAUGGAUGUGCCCAUGCUGUGGAGGACCAACAAGGUUGAUUUGCUGGUGUGGCUGGUAACAUUCGCCAGCACCAUCCUGCUCAACCUGGACCUGGGUCUGGCUGUCUCCAUCGGCUUCUCCAUGCUUACUGUCAUCUUCAGAACUCAACUACCCCGCUACUCAAUCUUGGGCCAAGUGUCUGGCACUGACAUCUAUCUGGAUGUAGAAAACUACAAGGAGGCUCAAGAGAUUCCAGGAAUUAAAAUUUUCCGUUCAUCCACAACUAUCUACUACACAAAUGCUGAGAUGUACUUGGAGGCCCUGCAGGAAAAGAGUGGAAUUGAUAUCGGGAAGCUGCUGAUGGCGAAGAAGAAACGAGAUGCAAAGCAGAAGCGUAAACAAAAGGAAGCAAAAAAGAAAGCUAAAAAGGAGGCAAAGAGUCAAAAAAAGGAAGUCAGCCACCUGCGCAAUGGCACUUUCGCUUUACAGGAGUCAAAGAAGAACGAGGAUGAAGUCUCUGAAAGACAAAAGGGACAGAGUCAGGAAAAUGGUGUUGCCUUAAAUCCAAAACAAACAUCUACAAACAGCCUGAGUACAGGUCAAGUAAACUUGGCUUACCAGUGUGACAGUACCAUGUCAGACUCUGAUUCAGAAACAGGAGGUGACGGGAGUAUCACCAAAGUAUCACACACAAGGGACAAGGAAGAGGGAAAGGCCAGUGGAUCAAGCACACACAGUAUCAUUUUGGACAUUUCAACGACUGGAUUUGUGGACACAGUCACUGUGAAGACCUUAAAAAAUAUAUUCAGGGACUUUGGAGAGAUUGACGUAGACAUCUAUCUCACAGGCUGCCAAGCAUGCAUCGUGGAGCAGUUGGAAAUGGCAGGUUUCUUCUCCGAGUCCAUCCCAAAGAGCAGGCUGUUUGUCACGGUACACGAUGCAGUGCUUCACAUUCUCCAGAGACGGAGGCAGACAGACUGUAUUCUUGACGUGUCGUGCAACACUAAGAUGUAACCAGCAGGGGUCAGACUAUUCCACUUCUCUCCAUCCUCCUCUCAGGCUUGCUGGCUGUUUCAUUGCCCACUGUUGGUAGUCAUUGUCUCCUCCUCUCUUCAGCAGAGGAGAAUGCACCACCUUGACAUGGCGGCCGGUUGCCAUGGAAAUACAGGGAGCCGUUGUCGUGGCAACAGGCUUUUUAUGAUAUCGUCUAAUGAGAUAGCCAGCAGUACGUCACUGCAGAUUUCUGCUCUGUGGUGUGUGAGAGCUGGAAAAGGGGCGGGGGGAUUGAGUGGUAGAAUGUAACACUGGACUAAUAGGAGUGAGUAUUUAUAGCCUGUGUGAGAGAGAGUGAGAGAAAGGUUGACUGUAAUGUCAACCCCAUGUGAGAGGUGUGAACAGGCCUAUGUCUACAUGUUAAUCUAUACAGUCUGCCCCCCUGUUAAUCCAGGUGUCUUCCAUAACAAAUAAUCCGUGUAAAUAUUUGGACAGUACCUCAGUCCUUUUGUUACCAUUUAUCCGCCAUGUUUGUACGUGUUUCCUGAAUUAAAUGUAUGUAUUGUUAUGAAUUCCAAAAAGGCAGCGGCUUUGAACACAAUGUGGGUACAUUUAUAGUCAGUGUUCACAUGUCUGAUUCCACAGAGAUCCUCUAUUUCCAGAGAUGGUGUCAUGUCAUCAUCAGCUAUCAUAACUGUCAGAAGCUACAACUGCAUGUAAUAAACGCCAUGUGCCUUAUAUGUACUGUGCAUCUAAUAACUUUCUAAAGACAUUUGGUCCCAACUUUAAAAAAGUAUAUUUUCUACUUACAAAGAUGUGUUUGAAAUGAGUUUUACAGCAAAAACUGUUUCAGGGUUUCCAGGAAAAUUCUGUUUUUAUAUGCUAUUAUAUAACAGAAAAACACCUUUCAUAAUCAUGGCAGCUUGUGGGUGAGUUGUCAGGUCACUCUGAUCAUGUGUUGCCACAUCAGAUGACAAUCUCUACCAAUACAUGAUCGACCUGCUGGAAGCACUGAAAUGUGUGUCAGUGAUGCAGAAAUGAUUGGCUCAAUGGACGUACCACUCUUAUGCAAACAAUGUCAAGUGUUGUUAAUGACAGAACACACAGAUCUCCUUAAGUGCUCACUCAGACCUGUUCUACCUUUUGUUUCUGUGAAAUGUUUGACUUUCUAAUGAGUUUUAUUUUUGUACAGCUCAAGAGGUGUAGCAUGUUUUGAUGUGAUUGAACUAGAAUACUUUUACACACAUAUAAAUGAAGUAUUAAUGACACCAUGUAAAU